CAUUUUUCUUUAACACAGAGCUGGGACCGAUGUGACAGCCUCAGACGGAGCCGGUACCACCAGUAAUCCGGUCGGCUCAGAGGGAGGAAAUUCUGUGGCUAAUGAAGGCUCCCUGGCUGAUCCAGAACUAAAUGGCAACACAGAACCAGUGAAAUCUGCAGAGGAAGGAGAAGAGAAACAUCUGAAGAACCUGCAGCCUCCACAAGUCCAGGGACCCACCACAGGCAAUCUGACCCAAAUGCCUGAAAUACAAAGACAAACGGAGGGAGAUUUGUCAUCAAAAGUACAAAGCAACUCUCUCAAGACUUCUCAGGCAAAGCAAGAUGAAGAAAGCGAUGCAGAUUCUGCUCGUCUACAGGUGUGCUGUGUGAGCGGGACAAUGGAUGAGAGCAAACCACAGAGGACCGAUGUGACGUGUGCCGAUGGAGCCGAUGGAGCCGAUGGAGCCGAAGGCGGCGCUUCCACCGCAGCUCUUCAGUCUGAAGACCUAAACUGUGGUUCUGUGAAACUUUGUGAGGCUUCAGCAACACCUACUGUCCCAGAGGUGAAUGACAGCCGUGACCCCAGCGCUCGUCCUGCUGCCGGUCCUUCUGUCGUCCACGCGGCUGAAGGCACUCGAACCGCCGACCCGGAGGACCCGUUUGGGUCCGGGUGCUCAGGUUACGUGUCCGACUCGCAGCUGAACGCCAUCACUCUCAUCGAGGAAAGGGAGGAAGAAGAACCUGAUCCCUCGGGCCAUCUUGAAGAUGCCACAGAUCUGGUCUGCGGACUGAUCAGAGAACUCUCCUCUCUGAAUCGAAGGGUGAUGGUCGCUCAUCGAGAACUGGAGAACAUGCGCCGCAAACCUUCAAGAAGCUCUGUACGUUGAUUGUUCUUCAAAAGAUGUUGUUCUCAUGUUAUUGUCCUGAUUUCUCCCACUGUACUUGUUUCCAGAAUGUUAGCUUUUGGCUUUGUGGAUUUAGUUUUUUUUUCUAAAUAAAUGUUUGUGACUCAUGUGACCACCAUCUGUUCUUAGACUAAUGUAGCAGGAUCGAUGAGGCGCUUUAAACUAUAUUACUGUGUCAAGAAUUUUAUGUGUUUCAUUAAUAAAACUGACAAGUCUCAUUGCAUAAUAAAAACAAACA